CAUAAAAUUAUAACAUUAAAAAUGGAUGUAAUUCGAGUUUUGAGUCUGUGCUACAUCUAAAGAUAAAAUGUGUGCUAAUGUCAAUUAAUUCACACUACAUUAAACUAAAGAAAAACUUGUUUGAAAAAAAAAACGUAAAAACACUAAUAAUUAACGUAUCGGCCUUCUCUUUCCGUGAACCUUGACCCAAAGUUUCGUUUACUCAAUAACUGACGUAAGGUUAUGCUCUCGUGUUUGCCGCUGUUAUCUGCGCAAAAAUAAUUCACGUAAACACGUUGGAAGAGGAAUGUCGACAACGACAUACGUUUAUUAAUCGUCAGUCAUAGCAAAAUUUUUGUCGCAGAGUGAGCUUUUACGGCAUUUUACGCUCAAAUGUCGGCGAAAGGUGAUGGAUCAUGGGACAAAAGCAAACAUGGAACGAAAGAUGUAUCGAAAGAUGUAUCAAAAGAUGACGCCACAUCAUCAAUAUUUGACCCAAUUGAACAUCAACAUAUAAGGUAUAAUCCAUUGAGAGGAGAAUGGGUACUAGUGUCACCACAUCGUAUGAAGAGACCUUGGGGAGGACAAAUAGAACCUAGUACAGAUGAGGAACUUCCAGAUUACGAUCCCAAAAAUCCACUUUGCCCAGGAAAUGUUAGAGCUAGUGGAAAGGUAACUCCAAUGUACCAAAAUACGUUCUCGUUUGUGAAUGACUUUCCUGCUUUAUUAGAAUCGGUACCGAAGCCACCGAAGUCGGACGAUGAAUUGUUUCAAAUGGGAUCCGCUAAAGGUACCUGCAAAGUGAUGUGUUUUCAUCCAAAGUCGAAUGUAACGAUAGCGUUGAUGAAUAUUUCCGACAUCAAGGAAGUGAUCAAACAGUGGAUCUUCGAAAUGUUGGAGUUGGGUGAAAAGUGGACUUGGGUCCAGAUAUUUGAGAAUAGAGGCGCUCUGAUGGGCUGUAGCAACGCGCAUCCUCACUGUCAAAUAUGGUCUAGUUCGUUUUUACCGAAUGAAAUUAGAAUAAAAGACGGAUACCUCAGGGAUUACUAUACGCGUAACAAGAAACCUCUUCUUAUUGAUUACGUGCAAAAAGAAAUACUAAAAAAGGAUCGCAUCGUAAUAGAGAAUCGUGAUUGGAUAGUUGUAGUACCAUUUUGGGCAGUCUGGCCGUACGAAACAAUGGUAUUACCAAAAAAGCAAGUAACUAGAAUGCAAGAAUUGUCGGUUAGCCAACAAGAAUCUCUAGCUGUCAUCAUGAAGAGAUUGUGUACAAAAUAUGAUAAUCUCUUCCAAUGCUCUUUUCCCUAUUCGAUGGGAUGGCAUGGCGCUCCAAUGGGUCCAUAUCAGAAUCAGGAUUAUCCAUACUGGACCUUUCAUGGGAUAUACUUGCCACCUUUAUUACGAUCUGCUACCAUAAAGAAGCACAUGGUUGGCUAUGAGCUUUUAGCUCAAGCACAGAGAGAUCUAACACCAGAACAAGCAGCAAAAAAAUUAAGAGAUUUAUCAGAUUCUCAUUAUAAACACCCGGAAACUAGUCUAACAUUGGAGGAAAUAGAAAAAUAUUCAAAUUAAGAAUAUAUACUAUGUAAAUAAGAGAUAUAUAUAUUUUCGAUAACGAUAUAUAUACAAAACUAUAAAUGUAAUAAGUUUUUGUAUUAUGUUAUCUUGAUGGUGAUAAUCAAUAAGAUAUAUAAAAAAAAUAUAUAUAUAUAUCACAUA